CGAGAACCCGAACCCAUAUCUUCAGACAACGUUCAAGCAUCGUUGCUCUCCCUCCUUCAACACCACACUACCUACGUGCUUAUCCAAGAUGUUUUUUUCAUUCGCCUUCGACGUCACUACUUCUCUCCUAGUUUUGGUCACAUUGGCCGCAUUAGUGUACAGAAAAAUCUCAAGCAAAAACAACAAGAAAACAAAUAAAAAGUUUGAAGAAGACGGUUUGUUAGAACCGCCAUCUCCAAGAAAACUACCUAUUAUUGGUCAUCUUCACCUCCUUGGGGGAUAUGAGGUUCCUUAUCAAGCUUUCAGUGCCCUGGGAAGAAAAUUCGGCGAUGUGGUAAAGCUGCAACUUGGGGGAGUAAAGUGUGUAGUGGUGCAAGGACAAAAAAAUAUAAGAGAGGGUUUGGUUACCAAAGGAAGCCACUUUGAUUCCCGGCCUAGCUUCGAGAGGUACCAACAGUUGUUUGAUGGAAACAAAGAUAACUCAUUGGCAUUUUGCGACUGGUCAGAAAAGCAAAAGACACGAAGAGACAUGCUGAAAACACAUACCUUUCCCAGAGCAUUCACUAACAAUUUUUACAAUUUAGAAGACCUAAUAUCAAGUGAAACAGAAAAUAUGAUUUCUCAGAUUAAACCCAACGGAAGUACACAGUUAAAGAAAAUUAUUUCACGUAACUGUGCAAAUAUAUUUCUUAGCCAUUUCUGCUCCAAAAAAUAUGAUACUGAGAACAAAAAAUUUGUCCAGAUGGUCGAUAACUUUGACGAAAUUUUUUAUGAAGUAAAUCAAGGGUACGCAGCUGACUUUUUACCCUUCUUGACACCGUUUUUAAAGAAGAAUAUGAAUAGAAUGAAGGCAGUUACUCAUGAAAUCAGACAAUUCGUUACCGAGGAGAUCAUUGAAAAAAGAUACCAUGAGUUUGAUGUGGAUUCGGAACCUAGGGACUACGUAGAAAAUUUGAUCAAAUCAGUUAAGGAUGACGAGGUUGACUUCACGUGGGAAACUGCUUUAUUUGCUUUAGAAGAUAUCAUUGGUGGACAUUCUGCCGUGGCAAAUUUUUUGGCGAAAUUAUUUGCGUUUCUAGUCAAUGAAUCCGAGGUCCAACUAAAAAUUCAACAGGAAAUUGAUGACAACGUAGGGAAAAACAAGCUCGUUACCAUUGGAGAUCGAAAUGCUUUGCCAUACACUGAAGCUGUUAUUUAUGAAGCUAUUAGGCUCAUUUCGUCACCUAUUGUACCCAGAGUUGCAAAUAGAGACAGUUCUAUUAAUGGAUAUAGAGUGGAAGAAGGAUCCAUCCUUUUCCUUAACAAUUAUGAACUCAACAUGUCCGAAGAGUUGUGGGAGCAACCUAAUAAGUUCAUGCCUGAACGGUUCCUGAGGAACGGAACGAUCUUUAAACCGGAACACUUUUUGCCUUUUGGAGGAGGGAGAAGAAGCUGCAUGGGCUACAGGAUGGUUCAACUUAUAUCCUUCGGAUUCCUUGGCGGUCUCUUACAAAACUUCACGAUACAACCAGUAGCAAAUGAAACAUAUAAAGUACCAAUUGGAUCACUAGCGCUCGAUAAAGAUCCUUUCAAAUUUAAAUUUGUACCAAGAUAAUUUUUCAGUUUGACUUUAACAUUUGGAAUUAUUGAAAUUCUGUAUACUGGUGAUAUAAUUUAUUUUUGUGUUAUAUUUAGAAUAUUUAUUUUUGUAUGAUAAGGAAAGACUUGUUGAAUCUCUGAAGGAUAUAUUUUUUAAUAAAACUUA